ACACAACACACAUAGUUAAACCUUUAAUUAAACAAAAAAAAUAAAUAAAUAAAUAAACAAUGCAGAGCGUUAAUCAUGGGGAAUGCAAUGAAAGUUUUCUCACAGGUGCCAACAAAGUGGUGGACCUAAUACAAUUUUUCGAAGGCAUGGUGAGCGCCAACAAAAUGGACGAAACACUAGAUGGCAAGAAGAAGCAGCCAGUGGAAGUUAAGGAUAUUAGCGCUGAAGUAACUGACGACAACUUUGUAAUCUCGCAGCGCUUGGGCGCUGAUCGCAUGAGCACAAGUGUAUCUGCCAAGAGAAGCAGAUCGAGACUGAACAAAGCAGCUGCCAACUUGAAUCAGUUUACAUUUAUGCGGCAGCUUGACCAGACCGAUGAGCAACAAGUCCAAGCGCGCAUUGAGCGUGAGCGUGUGGCCAACAAUUAUCGCAGACAGGGCAACUUUGAGUAUCGUCGCAGUCACUUUGAGAGUGCCAUCGAGCUGUAUACGCGAGGCUUGGACUAUAUACACGAUACUCCCGUGCUGUAUCUGAAUCGAGCCUGUUGCUAUAUAAAACUGCGUAACUAUAAGCGCGCCCUUAUAGACUGUGAUUAUAUACUCAACCACUUGGAUCCAAAGUAUUUGCGCGCUUGGCUUUAUCGGGCUGGUGCCUAUCAGCGUUUGGGUGAUGAUCAAAAUUAUGAAUAUAGCGUUUAUCAGGCCAAGCGCUUGAACUACAAGGACUUGGAAUACAUUGAAACAUUUUUGGAAAAGGUGCGCAGUCACUUUUAGCUAAAGCUCACAAAUUAUUUGUACACACUGCGGUAUAAAUCGAAGUCUUAAUGAACUUAGCUUUUCAAACACUUCAAAA